AUGUCCGUCGUCUUCAACAUCGUCAACACCCUGGCGACGCCCUUUGCCUUCUGGGCUGUCGAGAAGUGGGGCAGACGCCCUCUCCUGCUCUGGGGUGCCCUGUCCAUGCUGAUCUGCCAGCUGAUUGUCGCCACCGUCGGCGUCACCGUCGGCUUCAACCACACCCACCCUGACGCGACCGUUGUGGGCGGCACCGCGGCCGACAACACCCAAGCCGUCAACGCCCAGAUCGCCUUCAUUGCCAUCUUCAUCUUCUCGUUUGCCACCACCUGGGGCCGCGGCGCCUGGAUCGUCAUCGGCGAGAUCUUCCCCCUGCCCAUCCGCGCCCGCGGCAUUGCCCUGUCCACCGCCUCCAACUGGCUCUGGAACUGCAUCAUCGCCGUCAUCACCCCCUACAUGGUCGGCGCCCUCGUGUCGUCUGUCUUUUAUGUCUGGUUCGGCCUCUGCACCUGCGCCUUUGUCUACACCUACUUCCUCGUCCCCGAGACCAAGGGCUUGACCCUCGAGCAGGUCGAUCUCAUGAUGGAGGAGGCCACCCUCCAGACCUCGGCCAAGUGGCGGCCCACCAAGACGUUUGCCAGUGGCAUCGCCCACGGCGAGAAGAGCACGUUUGUCAACAACGAGGCGGCGCCUCAGGAAGUGAGGAAGGUGUUGCCAAGAUUCUCGUCAUUUCCAGGCCGUGUCAAGUAUAUAGCUCCUGAAAUAAAAACCGGAAUCUUAUAA